AUGCAAGUACCCCCCCCCAUUCCAUUCCAUUCCAUUCCAUUCCGUUCCAUUCCCCAUCCUCCUCCUCCUCCUCCUCCUCCUCCUCCUCCCCAUUUGAUCCCCCACUACUAACCCGCCCUCGUUCCUGUUCGCUCCAAAAACAGCGCGAACACGCCGGUGAAUUCGGUGCCCACUCUUCCUCGGUCGGCGCACAAAAGAAGGACCGGCUGCUCGCCAAGUUGCCGUUCGACUGUUGUGCCCUGACCUUGAAACCGGUCACCCACCCCGUUUGUACGGAUCAGGGCACCGUCUAUGAUUUAUGGUCCAUCAUCCCAUUCUUGAGGUGAGUUGAGUUUUCUUUUUUUAUGCACAGGUCCAGAGUGAAAGUUUUUUGGAUGCUGAUGAUGCGGUAUGAUGUGGUGUGGUGGGAAAAGACAACACGGCACGGAUCCUAAAACAGGCGCCAAACUCGGUCCCGGUGAUUUGACCAAACUGACCUUGCACCGUAACGCGCAAGGCACCUACCACGACCCCGUCACCUUCAAACCUUUCAACGAACACACCCACAUCGUCGCCAUCAAAACCUCGGGCAACGUUUACGCUUACGAGACCGUGCACAGGUUGAACCUCAAACCGGGUUCGUUCAACGAUCUCUUGACCGACGACAAGUUCGAGAAGAAGGAUUUGAUCACGCUUCAGGAUCCGUUGAAUGUCGAAGCGAAGGAUUUGAGCAAAUUCGAUUAUGUGAAGAGGGAGUUGACGUUCGGCGAGGGGGAGCAGUUGGAAGGGAUCAAUACCAAGGCUGUUGGGGCGGGCGUGGAGAGGGUCCUGAAGAGUUUGGACAAGCGGGAAAAGGCUGCGGAGACGGCUGCGGAGAAGGCCAAGGGGAACGAGCUAGCGCACGAACCGAACGCCCAGGUCGGCAAGACGAUCAAGCAAACUUCAGUCACUCCGUACAACGCAUCAGUCACUUCGGCCGGAAGAGCCGCGGCGAGUUUGACGAGUACGUCGGCACCGGUUCAUACGGCGAUUGAGAACGCGCUUUGGAACGAGGACGAUCUCAUGUUUGAAGCGAUCAAAAAGAGUGGCUCUAAAGCGUACGCGAGAUUGGUCAGUCACCCACCCAACAUGUAAACCCAUUCUCUCGACGUGAUGCUGACUGACCAGUUUGCGUCGACUUGCGCCCCCCCCCCCCCCCCCCAAGCAGAUCACCAACUUUGGCAACCUCAACCUCGAGCUCUAUUCGCACAUCGCCCCUAAGGCAGCCUACAACUUUCUACAACUCUCCUCCCAGGGCAAAUACAACAACACCUCCUUCCACCGCCUCAUUCCCGGGUUCAUGUUACAAGGUGGAGAUCCAACGGGUACGGGGAGGGGAGGAAGUUCAUGUUGGGGCAAGCCGUUCGAGGACGAGUUCCUGAACCGGAAUGCGAAGAAGCAUGAGGAAAGGGGCACUUUGUCAAUGGCGAAUUCGGGACCGGAUACGAACGGUUCACAGUUCUUCUUGACCUUUAGGGUGAGUUCCCCCCCACCCCGACUUUGUAAGGAGCUCACCGCUGAUUCGAUAAUUGGGGGUUUCCCAACAAUCAACUAGGCCACCGCGCAUCUGGAUGGGAAACAUACCGUUUUCGGUCGCCUGGUCGGAGGCGAAGACGUGUUGAAAAAAAUCGAAUCCGUUCCUUGCGACGUGACGGACCGACCUUUGAAACCGGUGACGAUCAAAGUACGCCCCCCAUUUCCCCAAAAACGUUUUACUUUCCCCCAGAAUCACAUUCACUGACUCCUCACCACCUCGUGAUCACUGUCUUCUCGCACCUCUCUUAGGACGUAGCCAUUUUUGAAGACCCCUUUCGAUCUUAUCGUGAGAAAUUGGAGAAACGUCUUGCGCGAGAACACGAGACUAGAGAAGGGGAAGGGUUGAGGUUGAAGAAGAAGAAGGAGAGGGAAAAGGAUCGUACGACGUGAGUUAUCCAUUCAUAUGAACUCUUUCAAAUAGGAAUUUGAAAGGAUCGAGAGAGGGGGUGGCUUAAUCGUUCGUUGGGGUGUGUGGGCUCACAGAUGGUUCGGAACGGACUUGACGAAAACUCAACAAGUUCAAUCGACGGUACAUCUCGAAGCGCCCAAAGUCGGCGUAGGCAAAUAUAUCGGUGACCCAACUCAAGGCAAUCGGGAGGAUAAGAAACGCACUUCCAAGCUCGAGUUGGAUACACCGAUAGGUACGACGAACGUUAGUAAGAAGCGGAAAGGAGGCUUUGGGGACUUUUCGUCGUGGUGA